CAUGAAUGGAGACAACGUGACGUCGUGACUAUGACUCUGUUCGGGGUGGGGGAGCAUAGCAACCUCAGCCUCCUCUCCUGCACGGAAUCUGUCAGAGGCGGGGGGCACCAUGAGGGCCUAUUAUGAUGCACAAAUCUAACUGCCUUGCAGUGUAUAAAUUGCAUUUGUGUUGUCUGAUGAAUACAUCUGGCUUGAUCCUUUACAUAAUGAAGGCUAAUUAGUUUAUGCUGCAGCAUUCAUGGCUCUUUGAUAGGUCUGCCAGAUGUAUCAAGGACUGGUAGCAGGCCAAAGAGAGACAGCCUUAUUCAGCUGAAAGCCUCUCUCUGCAGUCUCCCAGCUGCUGCUGCUGCUCCAGAGCCAGAGUGGAGAGUCCCCUCGCCCCCCUGCACAGACAGAGACAAAAGGCCUGAUUCGCCUGCUGAACACUGCCCCCUUUCUCUGUCCGUCCCUUCAUGCACGGCCGUAGUGGUGGUGGUGGUGGCGGGGGCUUUAGGAGAAAACGAGGCCCGGACUGGGACUAAUAUCUAGGACUGACCCAGUGAAGGAGAGUGGAAGAGGGGGAGGGGAGGAGGAUGAUGGGGGCUGGAAUGGUUGGGGCUGAGUAAAGGCAGGUGCUGAGGCCUCUACAGGAAGACUUUUUCUCUGAGUGGGAAAUUUGACAAGGGUGAUCCCCUCAUCAGAAUAGGAGCAGGACCAUGGGAGAUAUGAAAACGCCAGACUUCGAUGACCUGCUGGCGGCCUUCGACAUCCCCGACAUGGUGGAUCCUAAAGCUGCUAUUGAAUCUGGCCCCAACAAUGACCAUGAUGGACAGGUCAAGCAACCUAGUGGUCGGGUGACUACCAAUGAAGACGAGUCCCACAACCCCUCAACAGGACAAGACAUUGGCGUUAGUGUCAUUGUCAAGAACAUCCAAAAUACAGACACUAGUAAGCAUGGUGAAAUCAUAUCAGAGGACGAUGGUCAUUUACACCCCCAACCCCAUUCUGGUGGCACUGGAAAUGGACUUCAUAAUGGCUUCUUGAAGAAUGGAUGGAUAGCUCCCAGGGAGAAAGAACUGCCAGUUAACAACCAAUCACCUACCUUCAAUCAGUUCAGCCCCAUUUCCAGUGCUGAAGAGUUUGAUGAUGAUGAUAAAAUUGAGGUAGAUGACCCCAUGGACAAACAGGGAGGUCAGUCAUUCUUUAGAUCCACUAUUGGGACAGAGGACCAGAAUCCCAAAUAUUCUGUAUCAGUUGACAAUGUUUCUCAGCCCAGAGCAAACCAAGACCAAAUCCCUGAUCAAUACAAGAACACAGAUGGCACUCUGGGAGGUUCAAAGUCUAAUGAGCCCCCUCAAUCAAGUUUACAUGAAGGUGAACAUCUAAAGGAAACUGUACCCAAGUCUCAAGGUCUGGAGUGCAAUGAAGCUGAAGAGCCAAUGGGACUUGUAAAUGUGUCCAGUAUGUCUCAAGUCAAAGCCAAGUCCUCUGCAAAACUUUCAUCUUGUAUAGCAGCCAUUGCAGCCCUGAGUGCCAAAAAGGCUUGUGCUACAGACUUGGGUAUUUUGGAUUCUCCUACAACACAAAAAGAAGCCACCCCGAUUAAUAAAAAUCCCAGAGCUCCAGAGAAGCCACACGAGCAGGAGUCAGCCCUAGAAUUUGCAAAAAGGCUACUAACAAAACAACCAGACAGUCCCUCUAGUGUCAUCAGUGAGGGUAGCAGCAAAGAUUCCCCUGCCUCAAGCACAGACACCCCGGUCAUCCCAAAAGUCAGGAUCAAAACAAUCAAGACGUCUUCCGGCCAGAUCAAGCGUACUGUCACCCGAGUUGUACCAGAGUUUGAUCCUGAAGGUCUGAAAAAAGAUGAGAAUAGCCUUCUUGUCAUUGCAACCACUAGUGCAAAUUCCUCAUCUCCUACCACAGUAUUAGCCACCACUGGAGGCCCUUCAAUUGAAAUAGCCAAGCAAAUGACUAUUAAACCAGUGGCGACAGCUUUUCUGCCUGUCUCAGCAGUCAAGACAGCCGGUUCCAAGGUCAUCAACCUGAAGUUAGCUAACAACACCACAGUCAAAGCAACAGUCAUCCCCGCUGUGUCAGUACAGAGUGCCAGCAGUGCCAUCUUGAAAGCUGCUAAUGCCAUCCAGCAACAGACUGUCAUGGUACCUGCCUCCAGUCUGGCUAAUUCCAAACUUGUGCCAAAGACUGUCCAUUUUAGUAAGCUCAAUCUUCAGCCUCAGACUGUAUCCUCUGCUGUCUGUGAUCUCAAACAAGCCCUGUCCUCCUCAAGACAUCCACAGCAAGUCAAACAGCAGACAAUUCUGGCUGGCCGGACCUCAAAGAAAGGCUCUAGGAUUCAAGUGUUCACCAGCUCUCAAAGCUCUGUAGUGGAUGCCUUCAAUAAAGUCCUGAGUAGCAUAAAUCCUGUCCCUGUGUAUGUCCCAAACCUCUCUCCGCCAACCUCAGCUUGUAUCUCGCUACCCUCACGUGGCUACAAGUGCCUGGAAUGUGGAGAUUCAUUUGCUCUUGAGAGAAGCUUGACACAUCACUAUGAACGUCGUAGUGUGCGGAUCGAGGUCACCUGUAACCACUGUGCCAAAAGUCUAGUGUUCUACAACAAAUGCAGCCUCUUGUCUCAUGCCAGGGGCCACAAGGACAAAGGGGUUGUCAUGCAGUGCUCACAUCUAAUCCUAAAACCCAUCCCUGCAGAUCAGAUGAUAACCACAUCACCCUCAUCAGGCCCACCCAGCAUUACUGGCACCACUCCCACCCCCCAAGCACAAACAUCGACAAGUCAAAUAUCAGGGAGAGUUGCUGGUGGAGGGUCCCAAAGUACAGUGAUUUCAGCUCCAUGCAGUGCUUCUCUUGUGGCAGCCAUGCCAUUAGAGUAUGAUGCAUUGAAGCUCUGCAGGCACAGUCUAAAGUGCUUGGAGUGUAACAAAAUGUUUCAGGAUGACAGCUCGCUAGCUAUGCACUACCAACAGGCACUAGAGUCCAGUGGGCAGAAAACAUGCUCCAUCUGCCAAAUGCUUCUCCCAAAUCAGUGCAGCUUUCUGUCACACCAGCGAAUCCACCAACACAAGUCUCCUUACAUCUGCCCUGAGUGUGGUGCCAGCUGCCGAUCGCUCCACUUCCAAUCACAUGUCACCAAGAACUGCCUGCAUUACACCCGUAGAGUCGGCUACCGCUGUAUCCACUGUAGUGUGAUAUUCGCUGAUGUAGCAACUCUAAAAUCCCACAUCCAGAGUUCUCACUGUGAGAUCUUCUAUAAAUGUCCUUUCUGCCCCAUGGCCUUCAAGUCUGCGCCUGCAACCCAAUCCCAUGCGAACACACAGCAUCCAGGAAUAAAGGCAGGAGAGCCCAAGGUGAUCUAUAAGUGUUCCAUGUGUGAUACCGUGUUCACUUUGCAGUCCCUGCUCUACACGCACUUCGACCAGCACAUCGUAAAUCAUAAAGUUUCAGUUUUCAAAUGCCCCGACUGCUCCAUGCACUAUGCACAGAAACAGCUCAUGUUGGACCAUAUCAAGGCCAUCCAUGGAACCCUGAAGACCAUCGAGGGUCCACCAAACUUGGGCAUACACCUCCCCCUCAGCACCAAGCCCACUAAUUCUAAUAGUGCCAACAGCAACAGCCCUAGUAAUAAUAAUAAUAAAAAAGAUGGAGGAAAUGUCAGUGGUCAAGACAAGGGAGAAAAGAGGCGUUCACCUUCACCUAUGAAGAAAACAAACAGUAACUGCUCAGCGGAUCUCAAGAACCCUCCCGGCUCAGGAUAUACAUGUAGAGACUGCAGUGGCCUCUUCAGUUCCAGGGAGGACUUUGUGGCUCACAUGAGGCGCGAACAUGGCAAGAUACUGAAGAAACACCCAUGUCGGCAGUGCGACAAGUCAUUCAGUUCCUCCCACAGUCUUUGCCGACACAACCGUCUCAAACACAAGGGACUGCGGAAGGUCUACACCUGCCCGCACUGCCCAGCUCUCAGUCAACCAUUCACUAAAAGAGUGCUGCUGGAUCAGCACAUUCAUCUAAUGCAUAAAGUCAAAGACCCAGAGAGGAAGGCGGUCAACUCUGAUAAUAUCGAGGCUUUACCUGACAAAGAAACGACCCUCAGCCCCAAAAGGAAGCCAGAAGAGGAUGAGGGGUCUCCGGGAUUGAACUGCAGGGGCUCUGACUCACAGCCUUUGAAGAGGCUCAAGGUGAACAUCCUUAAAGUUCACAAGUGUGCCGUCUGUGGCUUCACCACUGAGGACAUUGGGGCUUUCCAUGAGCACAUUCCCCAGCACAAGUCCGAUGGCUCGUCCUACCAGUGUCAGGAGUGCGGCCUGUGCUACACAUCCCACCGCUCACUGGCCCGACACCUUUUUAUCAUCCAUCGGCUGAAGGAGCCGCAGAGCCUCGCCCGAUACAACGCACGGGGCAAGGACGACGAUGAGAGUCAGAGAGAGAACCAGCUGGAUGACGGGACACCAAAUACCAAAUGCAAAGUGUGCGGGAAGAUGUUUGAAACGGAGGGAAACCUGAAUACCCACAUGAGGACACAUGGGAUGGCAUUCAUAAAGUCUAAGAGACUGAGCACUGCUGAGAAGUGACACUUUUAAACCAUUCCAUUUAAAGCACUGUAGUUUAAAACUUAGACAGUUUGUUAGCGUGCUGCAGACAACCUUCAGUAUAUUACAGUAUGCUGUAUAUACACAAUGUACAUGCAAGGUACUACAGUAUGUAUACAGUAUACACACACACAGGUAUAUGUCAUAGUCACUUUGUGUCUUUAAGUAAAUUGAACCAGAGUUUUUGUACACACAUAGAUGUUUCUAUAGGCUUUGAAUAUAUCUUUUUUAUAGAAAGAGCUUUUUAAUUUUAAACAGUUUCCAUUGUUCUCACUAGGGCUAGAUCAUGUAUGGAUAUAUUGUUGUAAUGGGAUUAAUCCUCAUACAGUCAGCAGUGUUCUGAAUUUGCAAUGCUGCUAAUGUCAAAUGAAUGUCUGAAAGAACAAUAUACAUAUAUAAAACUUUUGGGAGCCUCACGUUUCCCCAGUACAGUACAUAUUUUCCCCAGCUAAGGUCUUUUUUAAUUUCAUGGAUAACUUGCCUAAUAUUUCUUUCUGAGCUCUCCUCAGCUUCUACAAUGGUCUGGUCUCCUCCUAAUACAUCCUGAAACUAUUGAUCCUAAAACAAAAUCUCUGCAUUCAUUUUGAGAUGAAAUGAAGUGAAAAAUCAGAAGAUAUCAGACAAAGGCAAAGCCUGUUUUCAGCUGCAGCUUCAUACCACUGUGUCAAAUUAUUAUUUACAUAUCAAAUACAUACACAACAUUUUUUUACAUCAGAAACAGGAUCUUUUAAAGACAAAUAUAUGGGCCAAAUUUGUGUGUUAUAUGGCAGUUCUUUACAAGUCACAGUAAAGGUUUACCUAAAUAUUUAAAAUAAGAUAAAAAGCACUUGCCUUUCUUUUAACAGCAGCCUUCUUUACAUCAUAACUAAUGUCAUUGUUGUCAUGUUUUAAGUUUCUCUCUUGUUUCUUCAGUUUGUAGUUCUUUGGUUUAAUUAAUGUGAAAUCAUGAGUGUUCAUUGACAGGAAUAACUGGGAAAAUCUAACCUGAAGAAAGUGUAAACUUGGAAACUGAAGUAUUGAUACAAGACAACCAGAUCAAUUAAAUGAAAAAUAACUGAAAGUUGUAAGAAUCACAAUAUUGUUUUCCAUUGCUUUCUUUGUACCAAGCAUUUAAAAAAAAAAAACAGACUCUUUUCUACUCUGACAAUAAGACUUUAACUGUCCAGCGCUGUAAAACUGCAUGUAAGAAGCAGUCUGUGAAUUGUUUGUUGAUUAGAAUGUAUCUUGCUGCUGCUGUUUUAGACAUUUCUGAUGCCUGUGUACAAAUCUGUUCUUUAUGUCAAUAAAUGAAGUCACCUUCUAGCGGCAAGAUCUGAUGUCGACUGCACAUGAGACAUCAGUUCUUCUCUGUGGAAAUAUA